GCUUCACGCUACUAUACGCUACUGAGGUAGCGAAGGACUUUUAUUUUUAUUGAAAUUCGGCUAUUUACAUACACUUCCGGAUCAUUAACGUCGCUUAAUGUAACUAGCUUUACUCGACUCAGUUUUUUAACAGGAGCAAAUGAGAUUAGGGAAUUGUUCUGUCAGGAAGAAUGAUGCUUUCUCUCCGUCUCUUCAAGACAGCCGCACGUUGUCUCGGUUGUGAAGGCAGUUCCUGAUUUAGCCACUGAGUAGCUUUGUAGCGAAUGUUCAUUACUUCCAGUGCGUCAGUGUAAUUCUUUUGAUCGAAAACACUUAAAAUGAUCAAAUAAUCAAGAGGGCUUUGAAUUCGUUUUUUGAGGAGGACUAUCCCUUGUGAGGUGUCCCCAGCAGAGUGUGUCCAAGCUGAAAUGAAUAGUGAACCUAAACCCAUGGAAUGUAUUGACUUGACCAAUGACGAGCCAGCCAGUAGCGGCAGAGGAGGGACGUCUGUCCAGGGAGGGAAGGAAAGCAACGGUCAGCUCUGCAUUGUGACCUGGAACAUCGAUGGACUGGACACUGAUAAUCUUAGGGAACGUGCCAGAGGAUUGUGCUCCUAUUUGGUCCUGUACGAUCCUGAUGUAGUCUUUCUGCAAGAAGUUAUACCACCUUAUUUAGAGUACCUGAAGAAGCGUGCUGUGAGUUAUACCAUCAUUGAAGGUAAUGAAGAUUGUUACUUCACAGCUAUAAUGCUGAAGAAGUCUCAUGUCAAACUUUUGAAGAGUGAAACAAUUAACUACCCUACAACAGACAUGAUGAGGAAUCUUCUCAUUGCACAGGUAAAGAUUCAUGAACUGGAGUUGUGCUUGAUGACAUCCCAUUUAGAAAGCUGUAAAGAACAUUCUCAAGAACGGAUGAACCAGCUGAGGAAGGUGUGGGAGAAGAUGAGAGAGGCGCCAGCAAAUGUCACAGUGAUAUUUGGUGGAGAUACCAACCUUAGGGACCACGAGGUGGCAAAACUGGGAGGCUUACCUAGUGGCGUGUGUGAUAUCUGGGAGUUCCUUGGUAGGCCUGAGCAUUGCAAGUACACCUGGGACACCAAAACCAACACCAACAGGAAAGUGUGCUAUGUCAGUAGGCUGCGCUUCGAUCGAGUCCUCCUGCGGGCGGCCAAAGAAGGGGCUCGGGUUGUUCCAGAGCACAUGGACCUAAUUGGGCUGGAGAAGCUGGACUGCGGCCGCUUCACAAGCGACCACUGGGGAAUUCUUUGUGGAUUUACCAUUCAAACUUAAGUCAACAGCACUGUAUUUCACAGGGGGAUAUGGUCACAUGUGGUUGAGCAGUGUACACUGGAAAAAUGUAAAGAAGCAAAUGCUGUAUUGUAAUUGUUUUUGCUACUUUCUUUGAUUUCUGAAAUUAGCCAGGAACCAGACUUGUUUCAUACUAUGAAAAUAUUAAAUGUUUUUCAAAGGCAGUGAUCUGAUUUUGUCAUGGUAAACUGGUCAUGUUGCAUUUUAGGAAAAGUUUGCUUGCAAUGUCUGCUUUAAGGUAACUGUGCUUUAAAGAUUUUUAAGUGUUUUUUGUUUAUGGUUAUCAUGUUUUACAGUUAUGGCUUGUUUAAUUAUCUUGAAGGAGCCGGUAAUGUAAAUAAAAUAUUUGAAUCCA